GACUGCACAUAAUAUCCUUUCCAAAACUGUGACGUCAUCAGCCGACAAGUGUAUUCGAGCUCCACACCUGCACGGUUACAAAAGUAACUCCAAUACCGUGUGAGAACGGAGUUAUCGCGAUAUUUUACAUUAACCAGCGACGUAAACCUGUGUGCUUUCGGGGUUUUUUGCAUAGUCAGGCUUGUGUGUCAGGCUCGAAAACAGCUGGACAAAUGAAAGCAACAUGUCAAAAAGAAGCUCCUUUUUUACCUCUUCUGUUUCUCCGUCAAUUAAUCCUGUUCCAAGUGACGGGCAGUUUGUGAAGCUGUUUUCCGCUGCUUUCUACGCAGUCAGCUCUUUUCUUAUAGUGGUGGUCAACAAGACGGUUUUAACAACCUAUAGAUUUCCCUCGUACGCAUUCCUUGGAAUUGGACAGAUGGCUUGCACAAUUAUCAUUCUUUAUUUAGCCAAAAUGUGCAAAGCUGUAUCUUUUCAGGAUUUUGACAAGAGCUUGCACAGAAAGAUUUUUCCCUUGCCAUUACUCUAUGUCGGCAAUCACAUAACGGGUCUCGGAAGCACAAAGAAAUUAAGCUUACCCAUGUUUACUGUGCUCCGAAAAUUCACUAUUCUACUGACAAUGAUUAUGGAAGCAAAAAUAUUGAGAAAAUCCAUUUCACCUCAGAUGGCAUGCAGUGUGGUGGCCAUUGUGUUUGGCGCACUGAUUGCUGCAAGUUCUGACCUGGCCUUUGAAGCAGAGGGAUAUGCUUUCGUUCUGCUUAAUGAUGUCUUCACAGCUGCUAAUGGCGUGUACACAAAACAGAAAGUAGGAAUAGAGGGCCUGGGCAAGUAUGGAGUUUUGUUCUACAAUGCAUUUAUCAUCAUAAUUCCCACUAUUUUAGCAAGUGCCUACACUGGAGAUUUAGGGAAGGCCAUUGCCUUUAAAGGAUGGGUAUCUCUAGGGUUCAUUUUUUAUUUUGUUUUGUCUUGUGUUAUGGGAUUUAUUUUGAUGUACUCCAUUGUUCUAUGCAGUCAUCACAACAGUGCCUUAACCACUACAGUUAUUGGUGCCAUUAAGAAUGUUGCCGUAGCUUACAUUGGUAUGUUCGUUGGAGGAGACUAUGCAUUUUCCUGGCCAAACUUUGUGGGGCUGAACAUAUGUAUAUCUGGUGGCCUGGUCUACUCAUACCUGACAUUUCAUAGCACCAGCACCUCCUCACCUCACACAGCAAAUCAAGAGGAAGAGGAACUUAAACAUGUCGCUGAGGAGCCCAGUAAUGUCUCUGAGAAAAGACCAUUCUAAUUUGCAGUCUGUUUUUUAUACAUGUAUUUUACUAAAGCUGCAAUAAAUGACUGUUAGAUUAUGUCAUUUUUAAAUAACAAAAUAUUUUGACCUUUAACUUUGUACAACAUUGUAUUUGAAACUGUGACUAUGCGGUUAUGUUACAUGUCAUCUUUGUCUGGUUUGUCUGUAGUACUGUUGCAGUUCUCUAUCCACUUUUGGCCAAAUUUUCUCCAUAGUAUGAGCUAUGUAUUGCACGUGUCUGAAAUUCACUGUUGAAGACUUUUAAAACAUGUUCAGUCCUAUAUAGCAAUGUAAUUUAAUUUUAAAUAACAUAAGACCCUUAAUUUCCAGGACCCAUCACUUUAGGCUUGAAGUUCUCAGUAUGAGACAAAGAAUAUAAAAAGCCUGAAUUUAGCAGCUAGCCAGUAAACACUACAAAGUUCUGUAUGAAUGUCACAUCAUGUAGACACCUCUUGCACAAUAUAAACAACUCAAACAAGUGGUAGUGCUAGAAAAUCAUUUAGAAAGAAUUUAGAAUCUUUGUGAGGUGCAUUUUGUGUAUUUAUGAACAAAUUUGUAGUGGCACUUGCACACAGAUGUUUGUGUGCAGAAGCAGUGUCAUAUCUAAUCUGGUUCAAUAAACU